AUUGUAUUAAUUUUAAUGGAAUUUAAGAUUUAUCUUUGCCAAUCAGAAAUGGCUUGGCGCUAGCCAGCCCUAGGCUAAUCCAAAAUUCCAGUAUUUUCCAGCACUAGACACAGUUGACAAUCAAAUUCAAUUGGAACUAUCCGAAACUAAUUAAAUCGAGACUCGUUUACCGCGGCACAGCUGCGCGUAGUUCAAGUUGAAGCACCGAGCCGAGCAGUAGACCUCCCCAGUGGGUAGUGCAACGUACAGAACUUAGAAUACUCAAAGAAGCUCAAAGUACAAUCAGAGCGCAUACCAAUUAGGCUCACCUGUUGACCUGUGAAACAGAAAAGGCAAAAAAAGCAACCAGGAGUAAAGCAGAAAGAAAAAAAACUGGAAAAUGGAGAUAAUUAUACGUAUUUUCGGCUUUAUACUCUCCUAUCUGGCGCUGAUGAUCAAUCGAUUCUUGGAAUACAUGAUUUACCGAAAGCAACCCGAUUUCCCAGCCAUACGGAAUCGCCUGCUGCUGAAGUCCGCUGUGGAGCUGACGACGGAAUUGCGACGCGGACAGAUCACCUCUGAGCAGCUGGUCAGCCUGUAUAUUGCACGUGUGCGUGAUGUGAAUCCGUCGCUGAAUGCGGUCAUCGAGGACCGUUUCGACGAGGCCCUGGAGGAGGCCAGGCACGCGGACAAGCUGAUUGCCGAGGCAUCCAAAGACUACGAUCGCGUUGCGCUCUUCACGCGCUAUCCACUGCUGGGCAUACCCUUCACCGUGAAGGAAUCAUGCGGGCUAAAGGGACUUUCGUAUGCCGUGGGCAGCGUCAUACGCAAGGGCUUAAAAGCGCCCAAGGACGGCGAGGUUGUGCAGCUGGUGCGCGCUGCUGGCGCCAUUCCGCUGCUCGUCUCGGCCACGCCCGAGUUCUGUAUGAGCUUCGAGACGAAUACGGUGGCAAAUGGCCGCUGCAUGAAUCCCCACAAUCUGACACUGUCCACGGGCGGCUCGUCGGGCGGCGAAUGCGCCUUGAAUGCCAGCGGCGCCUCCGUGUUCGGCAUUGGCUCGGACAUUGCCGGCUCCAUACGGCUGCCGGCCAUGUUUUGCGGCGUCUAUGGCCACAAGCCGACGGGCGGACUCACCUCGAUCAAGGGCCACUUUCCCUACUCGCUGACCGACGAGAACCUGCCCAAUUAUCUGCAAAUGGGACCCAUUACGCGUUUCGCCAGCGACAUGCCGCUGCUGCUCGAGAUUAUGGCGGGCGACAAUAAGCACAAGCUCAAAAUGGAUGAGCCGGUGCCGCUCAACGAACUCAAAAUAUACUACUCCUAUGGUUAUCCGGGCAUAAACGGCUUGACGCAUCCGUACGUAAAUGAUGAAAUCAAAAUGUGCAUUGUGCGUGCCCUGAAAUGCUUCGCCAAGGUGGGCAUUGAGUCGACACAACUGGAUUUUAGUUUUUUGGACAACAUUUAUGAGAUGUCGAUUGUGGCUCUAGUCGAUCUGAAGGGUUUGCCCAGCGUUAUAACACAGCAAGCCGAUCGACCGCCGAGCAUGCGCCUCCUGGCCAUGGAGAUGUUCAACAGCAUCAUUGGCCAUUCGCUGUUUACCAAGGAGGCGUUAUUUCUGGAGCUGAUGCAGCGUCUCAAUGGCUUGAUAGCCAGCAAUAAAAUGCAACAGUAUCGUGAUGAAAUUGAGAAGGUCAAGACGUAUCUAGCGGAAUUGCUGGGGGAUCGCGGCGUUCUGUUUCUGCCCACCUUCCACUCGACUGCUCUGAACUUUCAUACUUCCUUGUUCAAUAUCACGGGCAUUGACAGUCUGCUGCUCUUUAAUGUGUUGGGUUUUCCGGCAACGCACGUCACCAUGGGCCUGAGUAUGCGUGGCAUGCCUAUUGGAUUUCAGGUGAUAGCGGCUCCUUAUCAGGACAAGCUUUGCCUGCAAAUCGCCAGUGAAAUAGAGGUAGCUUUUUGUGGCUGGACAUCGCCGGUGCUGCAUCAGCUUACAUUUCCAGAUUCCCAGUGACAAAUUUAUAGACAAAUAAGAGUAACGGUUAGUUAAGGUUACGGUUCAGUUGAUAUUUGCAAUAAAAACGAAAUUUGCUUCAAAUAAUAA